AUGUCGUUCUUCGAUCUUCCCCAACGCGACUUAGAAGAAGAAAGGAGGAAAUUUCUCGAGGGCGACAUCAAGGAUGGCGAUGAGGACGUGCCAGUAUUCAACUGGGGAGAAGAGAGCUACGAUGGCCUAGGCGAUGCCCUGCAAGAGGGCGGCGACGAGCUCAACGACGAGACCUUUGGCAACGUCGGCGACGUUGGAAAGGACUUUGACUUUAGCCAGCCUGCGAUUCCCGGCUACGAACCUCCUCCAAGACCCAAGCAGGAGCCCACAAAGGACGAGGUACCGCCCGCUCCUGAGUCCAGGGAACAGCAACAACCACAACAGCAGCACCAACAGCAACAGCAACAGCCUCAGUCUCAAGGCGUGCCAACUCUGACUUCGCGUCCAAGUGUCCAAUCGCUUGAAUCGAUCUGGGAUGACAAGUCUCUGGCCUCCAUCCUUCCAAAGGCCAACGGUUCCAGUGUUCUCAGGAACCAAGACCAGCAGCAUCUGCAUCACCAUCAACCCUCUAGAAGCAUCGCGACACCUCCAGUUCCCCAGGCUUCGGCUAGGUUCAGUCCCUUUACCGCCGGAGACGUCCCAGUGCCCCAGCACGACCCUAUCGGACAAGGCAUCGGCCAUGUGCAGCACCAACAACAGCAGCAAAGGGUCCGCACGCUCCAGGAGAUUGAGGAGGAAAUGCUGUUCCAGGCAGCUCGCGCGAGACAAAAGCAACAGGAACAAGAAAUGCUAGAGAGGGCCAUUCUUCAACAGCGUAUCGACGAGCAGCGGCUUCAUGAACAGGAGCUUCGGAGACAAGAGCUUUUACAUUUUCAACAAGAACAACAGAAGGAACAGCUUCAGCGUCUCGUGCAGUUGCAGCAGCAGCAACAGCAGCAGAUCCAUCAGCACCAGCAACGCGGGUCUCAGGGGACGCCACCUCCACCGCGUAUGCUCCCUGUAUCUCAGUCCCCCAGAUUCUUGGAGCAUCACAGGCAACAGGCACUCCUUCUCCAGCAGCAGCAGCAACAAGAAAGGCUUCAUCAGCAACAGCAAUUGCUAUUGCAGCAGGAGCGUGAACGUGAAAGGCAGCGCCAACUCAUGUUGCUUGAAGAGCAGCGCAGGAUGGAGGAGCUCGAGAAACGGCUGGCUCACAAUCUGAUGCUUGAAAACAAACCUGGUUCUCCUUGGAGGGGUCACCAUGAAGCUCCCCAGUUCCCGAACGAGCACCUUGCCCAUCGUCAGUUUGCGACACCUUCCCCAGCGCGACAUCUCCUUCAGCAACAACAACAACAUGGACAGUUCGGUCCUGGGGUUGUUGUUGGACUCCAAGAAGGCAUCCCUCUGUCUCAACAACAGUCGCUCCAGUUGCAGCAACGCUUAUUGGCCGAAAUGUCGCAACAAGAAUACGCGAGGGAUGUUCACGGUAUGGGUCCUAACCAGGAACAACUCCGUCUGGAAGCAAUGCGCAAGAUCUUGGAAGCGGAAAAGAUGGAGGAAAAGAGACGCCGCAAGGCUCAAAAACUAGCCUACAUGGCUCGAUACAACGAUCUCAUGACCCAGUCGGACAAAGACUUCAUCACCCGUAUACAAGUUUCACAACUCGUUACUCAAGACCCAUAUGCGGACGACUUCUAUGCACAGGUCUACGGUGCAAUCCUUCGGUCCCGCAUGGGUCUCCAGGCCCACGACGAACGCGUUUUGAAAUUUGGAUCCGGUGGAGGUGUUGGACUCGGGUUGGCCCCCAAGGGCGGCAAUCGCAGACCAAGUGCCAUGCAGCGUAUGGAGCAACAAGUCGAAAGGAUCGUCAAUAACGCUAGGAAACGUGAAGAGGAAAAGGGACUGCAUUCCUUGCACAGUCUUCAGGGAGCCCUCGGCAAAACCUCCGGGCGGAGUUACAAAGCCGCCCCGCGUCAACUUCUCCAAGUCGAAUCAGCUUCUCCUAACCUCUCCCCCGCCCAUGCACACAUCUCCAAGGCUUCCGUAUACAACGAAGGUGCUGCCCAAGAAGCCGCCAAGUUGGGCAGAGAGGCUUUGGGUGAUGCUGCCCAUGACGGUGAAGUUGUCCGACAGGAACCACUUACCAGGCGAGAGACCUUGGUCAUCCUUGAGCGCUUGUAUGAUCUUGUUCUUCACGUUGAGCAAUUGAGGAGGGACCAGCCACAUCCUGAGGAUCCCCCAGAGGCCAUGGAACAAUGGAAAAAAGAGUACGACGAGAACGUCGAGUUGAUCUGGAAAGAAAUGCGAGUCAACGUCCCUCUCGAGACUAGUAACCCGCAUCCCUUUAUUUCCCUGCUCAUGCCAACAAAAGGGAAGAAGGUCCUCCCCCGCCUCACGCGCCAUCUGCCCAGCGACAAGAUGCUUAUCCUCCUCACCCUCCUCGUGGCAUGCUUCGACCAACUGGAUGUUAUCAAGAGCGCGCCUGUCCUGGAUUCGCUUGUCGAGACAAGUGAGCGUAGCGAAGUCGAGCGACAAACCCAGGCUUUCUUGGGAAGUGUGAUGCAGGCCAUCUUGCCCAUCGUGUCCGUCGCCGAGCUGCGACUUGUUACGGGCCUGUUGUCUUUGCUUCUCCAUCGAACCAAUGUUGUUGCUGUUGCUCAGACCAGGCCCGGUCUGGCCCUCCUCACUCUCUUCCUGAGUCGUGUCGAGGUUAUCAAACAGACCAUCAACUCGGGAGCUGAACAAACUGAAAUGCCGACAGCAGAAGAAAGCCAAGCGUGGCAAAUGAUGUUCGAUCACCUGUUCCAGCUGCUGGCACCACACCUUAUGCUCCUAUUCCCAUCCACACGUAUUGCACACACCAACAUCACUGGCCAACCGCCCGCGAAUCCCACCUCCAUCGACAUCGUCGACCAACCCGUCUGGCAAUUCCUGGCCGCACUCGCGCUCCACGCCGUUACCGAGCAGCAUCAAAUCCUUGUCACCGCCCUACGGGAAAAAGUACUCGACAACGUGCUCAGUGUGAACAAGGGAUGGGUUGCGGAUGAAGAGGAGAGGCAGACAAAGUUGGCAAACGUUAACCUAUUCUUACACGCCUUGGGUUUAGAUAGUUCUCAGAUCGCUCUGUGA